AUGGCUCUCAACCUUGAGAAACAGCUGCGCUUUUAUGGUGCAUACCACCACAAUAAGCUCACGAACACCCCCGAAAUACCGCUGCCACCGUGGCUUACCGUUCCCCACCUGCCCCUCAACUUUGCGGCUGGCUUCCUUGUCUUGUACACGACAACAUAUAUGCUCAUGGAGCCUGUAGCAGGAGCCAUGCUCGCGCCUAUACUGAUUGGUGUUACCGUUUAUGGGAACCAUCUUACCUCGACGUACGGCGCAAAUGCGAACAAAUGGGCUGGAGGUUUAUUCAUUGCUUCCUGGGUUGCACAAUUCAUAGGGCACGGCAAGUUUGAAGGGAGAGCUCCCGCACUGCUUGACAACAUCGUGCAAGCCUUCCUUCUCGCUCCGUUCUUCGUCUGGUUCGAGAUCCUGUUCACGCUUGGAUAUCGACCCGACUUGAAGAAGCGGGUAGACAAGGCCGUGGAAGAGGACAUUCGCCAAUUCAAAGUAAAGAAAGGACAGACGGCGAAUGGAAGCGCGAACGGAACCAUGACAUCGUAA